CUACGUUUCCCAGAGUCCACAGCGGCCUGACGUUACGUCUCUCAACGUGGUGGCGAGAUCGUUAGCUCCGCGGGGACCCGGACGGUACCAAGGGGAGGCAGAAGGACUCUGUACUUGUCCAAGAGAAGAACCUAGAGAAAUCUGAGCAGGUCAGGUAGUUCUAAAAGCCAUGGCCCAGGGAUUGGUGACAUUCAGGGAUGUGGCCGUAGAGUUCUCUCAGGAAGAAUGGAAGUAUCUGGAUCCUGCCCAAAGGAACUUGUACAGGGAUGUGACUUUGGAGAACUUUGGUAACUUGGUUUCACUAGGACUUUCCAUUUCUAAGCCUGAUGUCAUCUCCUUAUUGGAGCAAGGGAAAGAACCCUGGAUGAUUACAAAUGAUAUAACAGGACCAAGAUGCCCAGAUUUGGAGUCCAGGCGUGAGAAAUUUCCACAAAAAGAUAUUUUUGAAGUAGAGCCAUUCAACUGGGAGCUAAUGGAAAACCUUAAAUGCUGUGGUUUUGAGAGCUCUAGUUUUAGAGAAGACUGGGAAUACGAACGCCAGUUUGAAAGACAACAAGUAAAUCAGAAAUGCUAUUUCAAGCAAGUGAAAAUCACCUAUGAAAACAUACCCCCCUUUGAGCAUCAUACGUCCCUCACUCUACAUCAGAGCAAGGAGACUGGCAAGAAACUGAUUGAAUGCAACGAAUGUGGGAAAGCAUUUAGCCGUGGCUCACACCUUAUUCAACAUCAGAAAACUCAUACUGGCGAAAAGCCCUUUGAAUGUAAGGAAUGUGGGAAGGCCUUUAGUCGAGCCUCCCACCUUGUUCAACAUCAGAGAAUCCAUACAGGUGAGAAACCUUAUGACUGUAAGGAAUGUGGGAAGGCCUUUGGUCGUACUUCAGAACUUACUCUGCAUCAGAGACUCCAUACUGGUGUCAAACCCUAUGAAUGUAAGCAAUGUGGAAAGACCUUUAGACAGCAUUCACAACUUAUUCUGCAUCAAAGAACUCAUACAGGUGAGAAACCUUAUGUAUGUAAAGAUUGUGGGAAGGCUUUUAUUCGUGGCUCACAACUUACUGUUCAUCGGAGAAUUCAUACAGGUGCUAGACCCUAUCAGUGUAAAGAAUGUGGGAAGGCCUUUAGACAGCAUUCACAACUUACUGUCCAUCAGAGAAUUCAUACUGGUGAGAAACCCUACGAAUGUAAGGAAUGUGGAAAGGGCUUUAUUCAUAGCUCAGAAGUUACUCGACAUCAAAGAAUUCAUUCUGGGGAGAAACCUUAUGAAUGUAAGGAAUGUGGAAAGGCCUUUAGACAGCAUGCUCAGCUUACUCGACAUCAGAGAGUUCAUACUGGUGACAGACCCUAUGAAUGUAAGGACUGUGGGAAGGCCUUUAGUCGUAGUUCCUACCUUAUUCAACAUCAAAGAAUUCAUACUGGUGACAAACCCUACAAAUGUAAGGAAUGUGGGAAAGCCUUUAUUCGUGUUUCACAACUGACUCAUCAUCAGCGAAUCCAUACUUGUGAGAAACCCUACCAAUGUAGGGAAUGUGGAAUGGCCUUUAUUCGUAGUUCACAACUUACUGAACAUCAGAGAAUUCAUCCUGGUAUCAAACCUUAUGAAUGUAGAGAAUGUGGGCAGGCCUUUAUUCUGGGUGCACAGCUCAUUGAACACUACAGAAUCCAUACCGGUUAGAAAGCUUUGAAUAUUAGGGGUGUAGGAAAUCCUUCAUAUGGAGGGACUUCGCAGCUGACUUAAUAUUAGAUAAUGCCUAAUGUAGUGUAAUAUCAGACAACCUUCUUUUGUCAGUUCAUUGUGGAACAUCAGACAACUCACCAGAAGAAAAUGUAAUAAAUGAGGAAUUCCUUUUGCCUCACACUCAUUGUUUACUAUGUAUCAGAGAACAUACAGUGAAAAAAAUAUUAAUAUGAAUGUAAAAAGACUUGUUACCACUAAUAAUGUAUUAAACUUCUGAGAAUUGCUAAUAGAAAAUAACCCUAUUAAAAUAUUUUGUG